AUGAAUGCCCAGGCCACUAGUCCUAUGAAUGCCCAGGCCACUAGUCCUGUGAAUGCCCAGGCCACUAGUCCUAUGUAUGCCCAGGCCACUAGUCCUAUGAAUGCCCAGGCCACUAGUCCUAUGAAUGCCCAGGCCACUAGUCCUGUGAAUGCCCAGGCCACUAGUCCUAUGAAUGCCCAGGCCACUAGUCCUGUGAAUGCCCAGGCCACUAGUCCUGUGAAUGCCCAGGCCACUAGUCCUGUGAAUGCCCAGGCCACUAGUCCUAUGAAUGCCCAGGCCACUAGUCCUGUGAAUGCCCAGGCCACUAGUCCUAUGAAUGCCCAGGCCACUAGUCCUAUGAAUGCCCAGGCCACUAGUCCUGUGAAUGCCCAGGCCACUAGUCCUGUGAAUGCCCAGGCCACUAGUCCUGUGAAUGCCCAGGCCACUAGUCCUGUGAAUGCCCAGGCCACUAGUCCUGUGAAUGCCCAGGCCACUAGUCCUGUGAAUGCCCAGGCCACUAGUCCUAUGAAUGCCCAGGCCACUAGUCCUGUGAAUGCCCAGGCCACUAGUCCUGUGAAUGCCCAGGCCACUAGUCCUGUGAAUGCCCAGGCCACUAGUCCUGUGAAUGCCCAGGCCACUAGUCCUGUGAAUGCCCAGGCCACUAGUCCUGUGAAUGCCCAGGCGACUAGUCCUGUGAAUGCCCAGGCCACUAGUCCUGUGAAUGCCCAGGCCACUAGUCCUGUGAAUGCCCAGGCCACUAGUCCUGUGAAUACUCCAUAG